AUGGGAAAUCGAAGAAGACCAUCGGUUAAUGCUGACAAACGUUCCGCUAGUAAUCACUUAGCAAGAAAACACGAGCCUGCUCGUGAUCCAGUCGUUCGACAUGCAGCUUCAAAUCGACAACCAGCCAAAGCUGCUUCUGCUAGUCGUUCUGACGAAAUUGAUCAAGAAAAAGGGACAACAUUUUAUGGAAUGGAUGUAAAAGAAAAAGAAAUAUUUAAACUGAUCAAUAAUCAUCGUCAACAAAAUGGACUAGCACCACUUCAACCGUCCGCUAAUCUUGCUUAUGUUGCUCAUACACAUGCUGUUGAUAUUAUUGAAAAUAGUCCAGA